GGUGUGGACUGGCAGCCACUCUGCAGCUGGUCGCCCGGGACCUUGUCCCUCCCGUGAGCCGAAGUGAUGGAGGGGAAGAGAUCCUCUUAGACACACAGGCGCGCGCGCAUCCAGCUGGGCACGUCUCCGGGAAGCAGCAGCCGGCAGGAGCGCCGGGGACCGGGCGGCGGCCGUGACAGCGCCCCGGCAGGGAGUCCGUGGUUCUCACAGCUUGGCGCCGGCCGCAGGAGGACGCAGGGAGCAAAGAUCGCAGCUGCACUGACUGUUGCUCUUUUGGACACAUCCCGAGGGACCGAGCUUCCUGACAUUGUCGCCGGGAACGCCAGAGGCUCUGCCCCUCGCGUGCGGAAUCCGGUUCUGUGCGGGUGCCUGUGCCGGCAGAGGAGGAUGCUAACCUCCUCCCGCAGAGCUCCUGCGGUCCCCUCAGCUACGCGGACUCGGGCUCCAGCGACUGCCCCUGACGUUCCUGUGCCGCGGGAGCGCGCCCUGCCGCACCUGGCUCCAGUCUCCCAGGGAAGUGCGCGAAACGCGCCCUAAACUCCACUACUUCUCGCCCCCUCCGCUCGUUGCUCCCCGCCCGGGACCUAGCGGCCACCGCUGUCACCGCCCCAGAGUGCGAGCCCUCCUUCCCCGCACUCACGCGCGGAUACAGUGCUGCUUGCCUGUCCUCCUUGCCCGCUCACUCACAACCGACACCUAGCCAGAUCAUCCCAAACUACGGAACAACUGCCACUGAGACCGCGGGAACAGCAGGGUGACCCGGCGCUACCAGUCUGUCUGGGCCACCGCUUUCCAAGCUGUGGGCCCGCUCCGAGGUUGUCACCACUGGGAAUGAGGAGAUAACCGAGCCCCACUGCCUUAAGACUGGUUGGUGGUUUCUGCUGCCCACCUCAGGAGUCUCAAAGGCCAGCUGACACCCUCAGAAACCUGACAACCUACUUUGCCAUAUUCUUGGAAGUCUCUCCUCCAUAUGUAUAGAACUUUCUGGAUGAGCAUAAAGAUGUGAAGAUUAAACAAUCUGACUCUCUGGUAGGGCCUCAUCGGGGAAUUUCAUCCCCCCCUUCUCUCAGCUGUUUCGUGCCCAGCUUAUCAAGGAUCAUGUCUUCCCAUCAGAACUGCAUUCCUACAGCUGGACCAAGUUCUGCAUCAACCAGGUAUUCACAAAGAAAUAAACUCAGAGGACAACUAGGAGGUGAAGCAAGACCAUGGGACACCCACUAGCUAGAUAAUCCACGCUGGAGUAACUGAGAAGUGUCUGAAUGUAGGCUGUGGCAGUCCUGAAGGUUGAUGGAGGGCCAUGCUAUUCAAACAGCAGGUGUGGCUGAGACAGAAGCUCCUGGUACUGGGAAGCCUUGCCGUUGGGAGCCUGCUGUAUCUAGUUGCCAGAGUUGGGAGCUUGGAUAGGCUCCAGCCCAUUUGCCCUGUUGAAAGCCGAUUUGGAGGCGCCCACAGUCAGGCUGAGUUGCCACUCCGAGCCCUGCAGUUUAAGAGAGGUCUGCUGCAUGAAUUCCGGAAGGGCAACUCUUCCAAGGAACAGGCUCACCUCCAUGACCUGGUCCAGCAGCUCCCCAAAGCCAUUAUCAUCGGGGUGCGGAAAGGGGGCACCAGGGCCCUGCUAGAGAUGUUGAACCUGCAUCCUGCAGUGGUCAAAGCUUCUCAAGAGAUCCACUUCUUUGACAAUGAUGAGAACUAUGCCAAGGGUAUUGAGUGGUACAGGAAAAAGAUGCCUUUUUCCUACCCUCAGCAAAUCACAAUUGAAAAGAGCCCGGCCUAUUUCAUCACAGAAGAGGUUCCGGAAAGGAUUUACAAAAUGAACUCAUCCAUCAAGCUGUUGAUCAUUGUCAGGGAGCCGACCACACGAGCGAUUUCUGAUUACACUCAGGUGCUAGAGGGGAAGGAGAGGAAGAACAAAACCUACUAUAAGUUUGAGAAGCUAGCCAUAGACCCUAAUACCUGCGAGGUGAACACGAAAUACAAGGCGGUUAGGACCAGCAUCUACACAAAGCAUCUGGAGCGCUGGCUGAAGUACUUCCCAAUUGAACAGUUCCACAUCGUGGAUGGAGACCGUCUCAUCACCGAGCCUCUGCCGGAACUACAGCUCGUGGAGAAGUUCUUAAACCUUCCUCCGAGGAUAAGUCAGUACAAUUUAUAUUUCAAUGCUACCAGAGGGUUUUACUGUUUGAGAUUUAACAUUAUCUUUAAUAAGUGCCUGGCGGGCAGCAAGGGGCGCAUCCAUCCAGAGGUAGACCCCUCCGUCGUUACCAAAUUGCGCAAAUUCUUUCAUCCCUUUAAUCAAAAAUUUUACCAGAUCACUGGGAGGACAUUGAACUGGCCCUAAAAUAAUACGUCGUACAACACCAUGUGUUGUACACAGAGACACAUGGUGUCUCCUCUAGAUUAAAAUAUGCACUUUCCCAGACACAGCUACCCAAUUCAUUUUUCCAUGAAUACUUGUACAUGUGCAGUGUGUGACCAAAUAUAAGAUCAGUUCUUUUUCUACUGAAAAUUUACAAAAAAAUAAAUACGAAAUUGCUGCCUGGAUAGUUGCAUCUUUUAAGCUAUUUACGAAAGAAAAGCAGAGGUGGUGGGACUUGGGGAAAGUGACUUCAGAUGUUCUCAAGAGUUAGUCUUCCUUUGAUUCAGAACUUGUCACCCGCCAUUUCAUAGAUUUAAGCCAAAAGAUGAAUGUGUGAAAACGUACCAAUGGCUACGAAGCUUCAGGAAGUAGAGGAUUCAGUUUUACAGUUUUUCGUCUUUGUUUUUGUUUUGCUUUGUUUUGGUCCUAAGGUGACGCUGGCUCUUUAAUGCAGAUACUGGAUUGGAGCCAUGAAAAUAGAAUAUGCUAUUUUCUUAUUAUUUAAAAGAAUGUCUUAUCUCAUCAAAUCGACGUUGUUCCAAAUUUCCUGUGGUGAUUUUGCGCUACCGUUUCCUUGUGUGGACCAUGGUGUCAUUUGUAGCAUGUCAAUCACGAGCUGGCGAGUCAAGACCUUUUACUUCCAUGUGUAUGUCAACAAAGAGAAAUGUCCUGUACAUACUGUAAAUGAUGUAAAUACCAGUUUCACACUAAGUAAUUCUAUUUUGUAAACUGAAUAUGCCUAUUUAAUUUAUUGUGAAAAUUAAAUUUAUUGUGGUAUUUAAAAUGGAAUGGAUUAAAAUUACACUAUGUGCAA